GACAUUCAACCAUGUCGGAAGUUUGUACAUGGGCAAGAAAUACUUCACUUUACUCCUCUUAAAAACACCCAAGAAACUUUCUAACAACUAAUUCAAGCUAAGGGAUCCUUGGAGAAACAUUGUUUUGUUUUACAAAUCUUCAAACGACCUCUGAAAAGACGAAUURCCGAUGUAAAGCCAAAAGUUUGUGAAAGGAACUGUUGCUGUUGACUGUUGACUGCUCAGGGGAAGAGAAGUUCGAAGAAAAAUCAUCUYUCUCUGCAACUUUGAUUUAACUUUCAAACAUGAGUUCACAAGCUGCUAGAAGAGGGAGACUUACCCGUACAGGGUCGUCAGCUACAGAAGAUCAAACUCUGAAUCAAAUCGCACAUGAAGCUGAGGCACGAUUAUCUGCCAAAAGAGCAGCUAGAGCAGAAGCUAGAAAUAUAAGAAUGAAAGAGUUAGAGCGCCAGCAAAAAGAGGCUGAGGAUGAAAUUGACAAACAGUUCAAGAUGACUAAUAAUGGUGUUGGUCGCUCUGUAUCUGCUGGUGCAAUCAGUAAUCUUGUCAAUGAUGAAAAAGUUGAAGCAAAUGGUCCACUUGUUCCAGAGAAGGUCCUUAAAUCUGCACAGGAUAAUCUUCGUGAUGCAGAAGACAAAUACCGAAAGACAAUGGUAUCCAUAGCCCAGCUUGACAAUGAGAAACAAGCAUUGCUAUACCAAGUGGAUUGUCUCAAAGACAGAAUGGCAGAAGAAGAGGAAAUAUCCUGUGAGAUAAAAAAUGAACUAAAAGAUAAAACAAAGGAAUGUGAUAGACAUCUCAGGACAAUAAAAGAAAGAGAUGAACAAAUCCAGCGUCUCAAAGAUGCGAUAGAAUUCCGCGAUAAUUGGUUAUCAGAAAGGGGCUUGUCAAUGUUUAAUGAAAGUUCAAAAGAUGAGGAAGAAUCGACCCAUCCAGAUGUUAACAGUUGGAUGGCUGUAUCCGGAUCAGACAGAGGUAGUGUAUCAGAAUCAAAUCGAAGCCGCUCAGGCAGCCACGACAGUAGUGAAAAGGUGUCAGUUUCUGAAGAGAAAGAAGCUCUGGUAGCUGAGUUGCGCAAACUUCAAGAUGAAUUAUUAAUCCUUAAACGAGAAGAAGACCAUCCCAAGGCUAUCACGGCGGACUUGGAGGAACUCAGGAGAGAAUUUACCAGGCAAAUAAAUGACUUUAGAAUAAAACUGCAAAAAGCAGAGCAAGAAAAUGCCAGACUUGAAGGAGUGGUUAUGCGACUGGAAAGCCAAGUAAAACGUUACAAAACACAAGCAGAAGCAGCUGUUAGCACAGAGGAUGAUCUUAAAUCAGAAAAUAGGAAAUUAAAUCGUGAGCUUCGAAAGGCUCAGGACGAAGUCAGUGAACUGCAGACAGUAAACGACCACCUACAGAAAAGGUUAGAUAAAAUGAAAAGCAGAAGGAAAGAAGAAUUGUAAUUCUUAAUCAGCUCUUUAUGUACAUCUAUCAGCAAUGUUUUACUAAGACAUCAACCAGGCAUGUUACUUGUGUGACCUGCCAAUAAUCAAAUGAGUGAGGACUUCUGUUACAAUAAAUGGGAAAAUGCUGACGUGAAUUGAAUGGACUGCUUUUUCAAUGGAAAGAAAGAAAAUAUUAAAGGAGUUGUGCUAGUGUUCCAUCCACCAAGUGAAGAUUCUCAGACUGUACAUACUGCGAGCUACAUGUGCAAAAGAUAAAGGCGAUUUUACUCCAAGGCUUAAUCAAGGUAACUCUAAUUAAAAAUCCUGAAAUUGGGUUUCCUCUGUUGAGAGAAGUAGUAUAAUAAUGUAUUAAGACAUGAGACCUGUGAUCUACCGUAAUGGUUACUGUGGCUCUGAGAGAUUGGUGAUAUAAGGCCUCAGAUAAUUGAGAUGUACAGCAACUUCAGUACCAGCCGAUCAGCAUCUGAAAAUACCAACAUGGCUGAAGUAUUAGGACUGGGAUGUAAUGAGUGAUUUGGAUACAUCGAAUUCAAAAGUUGUUGUCGGGUUCAAAAAGGUUAAAUCAUCUGAAAGGCUAAGACCAAAGGGUGUUCUGGGUUUCAAUAUUAUGUGAACCCGCUAGUUACGAGCUGCAUGCUGAAAUUUGGUUUCUCAUUGCUGUGGAUCAAAAAUAAUCAGUCGGUACCUGUUCUGGACUGAUGGUAGUGAAAAAACAAUUUCACAAGAAGCUAUUGAAAUGUCUGAGUUUGCAUAGCAUCAAAUAUUGCAGUAAUAGGGCAAAUGAAAUUAUAAAUAUUGCAGUUGUGUAGCUAUUGAUACCAUUAAAACGAACAAAGCAUUUCGUCACUCUUCAUGCAUGUGUCUUUAUGCAAACAAUCUCCAAAUGCCCAGGAUUACCCAGAAUACCCCUCAGUCUUAGCUUGGAUAAUUUAGCCAUUUUUAUCUGACAAUGAUUUUUGAGUUUUGUAUAUGUACAUGUAUACAUAUGUAAACAUGUACAUCAGAAUAAUGUAAAAAUACAGUUAUGUACCUGGGCCUGGUUGUAUGAAGGGUGCAUAGCACUAUAUUAUGGAUAAAUCCUAAUCCAGUGGAUGACUCGAUGUUGUCAUCUAAUAAAUUUAUCCACUGGAUAAGAUUUAUCUGUCAGAUAGCACUAUCCACCCUUCCUAUGACCCAAGCUCUGUUGGGCAGCAUUAUGACAGUAUAGUCAUAUCCUAUUCUCAGCAGUUUCAUUUGUGAUGAUCCUUAGUGAAAGAAUGAAACAUCUGAGUGGAUGGGAAUGAGAAAAAAGUCACCAUAGUAACGGAUGGGAUGAUCACUUGCAAAUCCUGCAAUCUGAUUGGCUCUCAGUAGUGCAAUUUAAUCACAAAUCACACCCUUUUGUGUUUUAAAUCGCACUGCUUUGAAGAGCUAAUGAAAUUGCAGAAGAACAAGCAUUUGGCCAAUCAGAUCUCAGAAAAAGAAGCUAAUUCGUAAAAUAAUGUUUGAGAAGGAUUGAUUUGUUUUGAGUUCAUUUUUACAAAACUCCUAACCUUUAAAAAUAUGUAAGAGAUUUAACUGAUUAUAUUGCAUAAGCCCCGGGGGGCGGG